CUUCGAUCCGAGUUCCCAUGUAUUUGGGCCUCCCAGCGGAUGUUAAUAUAUCACCAGUGAGUCUGCAGCCUGACCUUUGACUCUGAGAAGUUUUGUCUGUGAGUCGAGCCAAGCAGCGGGGUCAGUGCAGAGACACACUCCCAGCAGGUGAGCUGCCGAACUCAUGUGACAGCCACAUUGUUUUCUCUGCAUCCCGAGCACACCAGCCUUGAAUUUCCAAACACACGUCGUCAUGAUGGAGACGGAGCAGACGGCUGGGAGUUCUCCUGCCCCGAGCCAAACUGCUGUCAGGACCUGGCUCUCCUCCAGCACAAGAGGAGCACCAAGGACACCCACUGACGCAACCUCCCGUUUCCUCGGAGACGGGGUUCGCUACAAAGCCAAGCUGAUCGGUGUGGACCCGGUACCCGACGCCCAGGGGGAAAAGAUGUGCUGGGACUCCAUGAUGAAACUGAAGGGCUUUGAGGUAGCAGCAAGGAAACAGGGGAGACACAAGCUGAGAGUUUGGCUGAAGGUUUCCUCCACUGGCCUGAGAAUCGUGGACGAAAGGACCGGAGAGGUACUUUAUGACCACGACAGGAGCAGAAUCAGCUCCUUGACGAAAGAUGAGUCUGACCCCAGAGCUCUGGCCUACGUCUACCAACACCAAGACACCUUCAGCCUCUUCUACAUCAAGAUGGCCAACCUGGCAGAUCCGGUCCUGGUUGACAUCAAGGAGGUUUGUCAGGCUGUGGACCAAGAGACACCACAGGAACCAGUAGAGGCACAAACUAGUUCAUUACUGCUUCUAAAUGACAGUUUGGCCCCUCCAGUCGAGGGUCCAGAUUUAGAGGAAGUGUUCAGUCCACGGCCAGAUUCUUCAUCGGGACAAUUAAAUCAGGCGUCUUCCAGUAAUGAGCUGAUGGAGGUCUUCGCCAUCCAGAUGGAGGACCCAAUGAUGCCUAGCCAGACCUCAUGUACCAGUCAGCCAGAGUCUCCACAGCCAGCGCUCUCCAGCUCUCAGAUCCUCUCCCUGUUCCCCACACAGCCAGUUGGGGGUUCUCCAUACUCCUCCCCCCCGUACUCUCCCACCGCUAUGCCCUGGGCUCAGCAGGGGCUUCUGGGAAAUCAGUGGGCAGGUUCUGCUGCAGCGCCCUGGCCCACAGUCCCCGGCAGUAUGGCAGCAUGGCCGGCAGGCGUCGCAGCGCCCCCUGUAGGCGGCCACAUUCAGGCUCACAGCACUCAACCAGGAGUCAUGAUGGGAGGAAGCACACCCACCUCACCCACCACCGUCGACCCUUUAAACUCCAUCUAUGCCCCCGCUGGAGCAACAGGACCUCUGCAGUUUGAUUGAUGAAUUUGGUAUAAUUCUUAUUUAAUUUUCAAGAGAAUUUGGCUGUGAUGGUUUCCCCCAUAAUGCAGCAGUAUUAUUAUGAUUAUUAACAGUCUACAGGCAGCAGCAGUGAGUUUUAGCUAAAGAUUUUGCACCUAAUGUUAUUUAUGUAACUACCAACAACAACAACAAUAAUAAUAAUAAAAGAUACAGUAAAUGUCUGCUCACUAAAAACUGCACAAAAUGUAAUUUCAUAUGUGUUUUUCUAUUUGUGUGAAUCUGGACACUUUCUUUAUUUGCUUAUAUAAUCAAAUAUUUUUGUUGCUAUUCAAGAAAACUGAAAGAUUGAAACAAUCCAACAUUUAUAGUUACAGUAUAAAGUAGUCAAUGUUUACUGUUUACUGGAAAAUAUAAAUUUUGAUCCAAAACAGUUUCACUGUUUUUUAUUAAAAAAAGCUGAAAUCUCAUCAUAAUAUUAAUAUAAUAGAUGUUAGCAAUUAAUCCUAUUUAAUUUCUCCCGCUCAUAUACGAUACACAGUAUGUUAUUGUCUUAGUUUUAUCUGAAGCUUAAAAUGACUUUUCCUUUCAUCAUUUGUUCUCUACAUGUUAUUUUCCUUCCUCUUUUUUUAAAAGUGUUCAUCACGUUUACUCAUACAAUACACAUGCGGAAUAAAAUACAGAACAUUCGAGGAA